AUGAGACUUGACAAACAAGAACUUAUUAACCCAUUACCUACUAGCGGAUUGAGUGUUACUGCUGAGAGGGGCGUGACUCCUGUCUACCUGAGGUGUCGAGAAGGCACAGUAUCUUGGCUUUACCCUCGAGGAGCUCUGCGGUUACUCUUCCGCCCUCCUCUACCAGCUGAUGAAAAGGACUUCAGGGUCUGCAUCAGAGUCAUCAGGCGACCGGAUCCUCCCGACUUAUUUCAUUCAUUGCAGUUUAAUGAUACCGAUGUUGCAGAGCGGUUUCCGGCCCGCAUUUUCGUAGAAGGUGCGAAGCGGCUUAUACCUCUUUACGCACCUGAUGACGGCGACCCUCGCGAACUUCGAUGCUUCCGAAGCAGGCGAGGUCGCGCUGCUUUGUACGUAGAAGCAGAACCUGAAGAGGGUACUAAGAGGAGAGUGGCCAUGUUCAAGUAUGAAGCCAGGUCGUUAGUGAGAAGACAUUAUGACCCUGCAACGGCUGAAUGCAGACCUUGCUCGGAGUCAGAAUUGGAGCUCGCAUUCUGCACUAGUGAUCUCGUGUCGAAAGGUAUAAUAGUUGGUAGUGAGCAGCGUGAAGAUUUGGAUACGACACAACUGACCCUGCGAUUGACCAACUUGAUUCGUGCUACGGCUGCCGCAACUGAUCCUAGCGAAGAGGAGAAUCAGUACUUCAGAUAUGAAAUCGACAAUACAAUAGGCACCGGUCGUAGGCGACACCCCCGAAGCCUUCACGCACACGUUCACGUCGCUUCACGUUGCGAAGCCGGCGCCGGUUCGGGAGAAUUCCUUAUAAUGGCUAGAAGAGCUCUCGGGAGAUAUCAUUUGGUCUGCGCGCCGAGAGCACACGAAUGGAAAGAAUUGGCAAAGAGACGUAAUGCAGAAGGUACCGCGCAUUGUUUGUUGCAGCAUUAG